GACAGGCACCGUGCCUUUUCCGCGAAUGACCUGCUUCAACAAUCUGAGUUGGAGCGUGCAGCUGUUGCCCUGCUCCGUAAACGCGGCUACAUCGUGUCGGAAGCAGCGUCCCGAAGCAAGGCCGCCGAUGGAGCCAUUCGCAGGAAGGUGGAAUUUGGUAAUCUCGCCGCAUGGGUGAACUCAACAAUGCCACCUCUGCGCGAUGAAUUGCGAGCUGCGCUCGCUCCCCUUCUACAGCACAUGAUCAGCGAGCUGAUGGAUUUUCAAAAGGUGUCUGCGGCACGCCAGCUUCUGGCCUCGCAUGAGAGCCUUCUCCAUGCAGGAUCUGAUGAUGCCGGGUUGCAAGCAUUGCUCAAGCUGCAGGAUGAGGAGUUGUCCUGCCACUUCCAGCAACAGAAGCCAGCAGAGGUGGUCUUGGGCAAGCUUGCGCAACACUUGCUCCUCUCGCGCUUGAGCAGCCCAGAGAUGCUUCCUUUGGCAACCCUUUUCUUCAACUGCGUGCAUGUCCGUGUUCGAGCCGAGAGAGCCGAGACGCAUGCGACAGCUGCGGCGGUGCCGGAGCAAGCCGACGAAGGGGGCAGAGCUGUGGCUUGUUUCUCGGCCUUGUCGCGCCUUCCGGCGGCACAGGCGGGGCAGCACCAGUCCAGCGAAGAUCGGGGGCCGUCGGCUGCUGCAGUUCUGAUCCAGGCUGCGCAGAGCAUUCACUUCGCUACUGCAUCGCCGAACACCAAGCAUGUGGUGGCCGGGUGUGGGCAUGACCUGGUUCUUUGGAGCGAUGUCGACUUGAGCGGCGCAGCCGGAAAAUCGCCUCCAAGGGGUGUAGCACUGAGUGUGCGCCGAGGCCGCACUGUUUCGGCGGCUUUCCACCCGUCAGCCGACUUCUUGGUAUCUGGUGGCCAGGACGGAGAUCUCAGACUUUGGAAUACUGCUACAGGGACACCAGUGCACGCAUACCGGUGUGGUGGUACCGACGAGCCUGUGUGGUGCCUGGACUGGAGUCCACUCGGCCAGUAUUUCUUGUCAGGAACAGAUGGCGAGACGGCUUUGUGGAGUGUGGAGCAUGCUUGCGCUCUACGCGUAUUGGGCUCCCAACUGCCGCGUCCAUCUCCCGUGCGAGCUCUCAGGGUUCAUCCGAGCGGCCGCUUGGCAGCCGUGGCGACCCGCGAGCGCGUCUGUCUCUGGGACUUGGCGUCGGCGGCGCCGGCACAGGAGCUGCAACUCAAAGAUUGCACUGCUUUGGCUUUCUCUCCUGAUGGUUCCAUCCUGGCAUGCGGUUCGAGCAACAUGGAGGAUAGCCUGAUGCUGUGGCAGCUGGCGUCCAACAGAACGUCGAGCCACAAGCAUGGAGGAGCUGUCAGUGCUUUGUGUUUUGCGUGGCCUGGUUUCCUACCAGAGCAGGAUCGGAACAAAGCUUUCCUCUGUUCUGGAGUCGCAGACGAAAUGCGAAUGCACAGCCUCAGCGUCAACACAUUCCACGACUGCUGGGACGAUCUGGUCGAGGCCGAGGCCACCUUCCAAAUGCCACGUUCUUCGCAGGGAACGGAGGCCGAUCGAGAUCGUGCACGAGUGCUCUCCUUGGUGGGGGCUUCGGGGAAGAUCCUUUGCAUUUCUGCGAGAUCAAAGCCGGAC